AUGACGACUCUUUCAGAGCUCCCUAAUGAGAUGCUGCUGGAGAUCUCCCUCCACCUUGACUACCGUGACCUCAAUGCAUUCACACGGGUCAGCCGCCACUUCCAUGCUCUGUCAAACAGGAAUCUUUACAAAGCCAUCGCCAAAGACUCACCUGGGAAGUCGAUAGCCUGGGCAGCCGAAAAAGGCAAGGAAGCUAGUGCGCGGAAACUGUUGCAGAUGUGCGGCUCGAAGAUAUUGGACGACCUCCCCAUCUUCGAAGGGCAAGAACCAAUAAGGAUUGCCGCAUGGAAGGGGCACACCAAUCUUGUCAAAUUGUUCCUACCCUACUGCAUUCAACAUGACACCGAGAAAGAAGGAGAUCUAUUCAACAGGACGGUCAAGGCUGCAGUCACAAGCGAGCAUAUGGCAGUAGUCAAACUGCUCCUCGAACACAAGGCCGAUUGCAAAACCAACAGCCACGAUAGACAUGCUGCAAUUCCUUUAUGCAAGGCUGUCGAACUGGGACAUGUAUCAAUUGUCAGGCUUUUUCUCGAGUACAAUUACUGCAACCUCGAUACAUAUGACCUGCGUGGUAUGACACCUCUAGCGGUAGCUGCUGCUACAAGACCUUCACCCGCAAAUCUGGAGAUUGCCCAACUCUUGGUUGGGGCUGGUGCAGAUUUGCAUAUAUAUGACAAACUGUUACUCGAAGCCGCGGGAUCAGACAACCUCCCCGUCAUGAAGCUCCUCCUAGCGAACAACCUCCAUUGGCGGCAAUUGGGAUGGUUGGAAGUCUUGUGGGAAUUCUCUCGACUAAGGGAAAACCACGAGAUGGGGUCAUUGCUACUAAACUGGAUUGAUGCGGAUCGCAUAUUGAAGUACGAUAAUCUUCAACGUUGUUAUCUCUUAAAGGGGGCGAUUGUGAACCGCCUUGACGAUCUGUUAGAGAAGGUAUUGAAAGAGUCGUCCGUCCUCGAUAAAUACCAUCAACCAAACCGAAGGGCAAUCCAUUUCUGCCCUUUGAGUUUGGCUGUCUGCUAUGGCCGGCCUAGGGCUGUCAAGCUCUUACUAGACCAUGGCGCUGACCCUACUGGUGAAGGCAACUCUCGACCGGUACAAUUAGCCCUCGAAAAAGGAAAGGAUACAAUGGCGAGGCUGCUAUUUGACAAAGGAGCCACAUUUGAUCCGGAUAUGUGUUUUGGGUCAUCCGAAUACCGUCAAUUAUUGAAGCUUCGUAUGGCUCGGGUGCAAAGGAGACCUGUUAAUUAA